CUACAGCUCUAUAAGUAAACACUCAGCGCGGCGCAGACAUGGCUUCUUCCUAUUUGUGAGGCGGUGGCUGGCAGCAGUGUCUGGGACUGGUUCCGGUUUGCUCUUCUCAGCUUGGCUGGGCAGGCGCACGGUCUAAGAGUCGUCGUCGCAGCCGCCUGUCGGGCCCGGCGUCUGGUCAGUCUCCCUCUCGCUAGUGCGCGCGCACGCCCGCCCACCGCGGAGAACCGGAGCAGCCGGGGAAGCGGCGCGGGCCGGGCCGGGCGGGGCGCGGCGUCCGGAGCACAGGGGGAGACAAAGGGGGCAGGCGCCAAGAUGUGGAUCCAGGUUCGCACCAUCGACGGCUCCCAGACGCGCACCAUUGAGGACGUGUCUCGUAAAGCCACGAUCGAAGAGCUGCGCGAGCGGGUGUGGGCGCUGUUCGACGUGCGGCCCGAGUGCCAGCGCCUCUUCUACCGGGGCAAGCAGCUGGAAAAUGGAUAUACUUUAUUUGACUAUGAUGUUGGACUGAAUGAUAUAAUUCAGCUACUAGUUCGACCGGACCCUGAUCUUCCUAGCACAUCUAAACAGACUGAUGUACAGGCCAAACCCUGUUCUAAAAGUCCACCUAAAGUAAAGAAAACUUCAAGGGUGGGAAUUUCCAGUCAGCCAUCUACGUCAACUCGUGCCUGUCUUAUUGAUCCUGGCUUUGGACUGUAUAAGGUAAAUGAAUUGGUGGAUGCCAGAGAUGUCGGCCUUGGUGCUUGGUUUGAAGCACAUAUACAUAGUGUUACUAGAGCUUCUGAAGGACAUUCACGUGGCAAAACUCCACUGAAGAAUGGCAGUUCUUAUAAAAGGACUAAUGGAAAUGUAAAUCAUAAUUACAAAGAGAACACAAAUAAAUUGGACAAUGUACCUUCUACGUCUAAUUCAGACUCUGUUGCUGCUGAUGAAGACGUUAUUUAUCAUAUCAAGUAUGAUGAAUAUCCAGAAAGCGGUACUCUAGAAAUGAGUGUCAAGGAUCUUCGACCACGAGCUAGAACCAUUUUGAAGUGGAAUGAACUAAAUAUUGGUGAUGUGGUAAUGGUUAAUUACAAUGUAGAAAAUCCUGGACAAAGAGGAUUUUGGUUUGAUGCAGAAAUUACCACACUGAAGACAAUCUCAAGGACCAAAAAAGAACUUCGUGUGAAAAUUUUCCUGGGGGGUUCUGAAGGAACAUUAAAUGACUGCAAGGUAAUAUUCAUAGAUGAAAUCUUCAAGAUCGAGAAACCGGGAGCCCAUCCUCUUUCAUUUGCAGAUGGAAAGUUUUUAAGGAAAAAUGACCCUGAAUGUGACCUGUGUGGCGGAGACCCAGAUAAGAAAUGCCGUUCUUGUUCCUGUCAUGUAUGUGGUGGGAAAUAUGAACCCAACAUGCAACUUCUAUGUGAUGAAUGUAAUAUGGCCUAUCAUAUUUACUGCCUGAAUCCACCUUUGGAUAAGGUCCCAGAAGAGGAAUACUGGUAUUGUCCUUCCUGUAAAACUGAUUCCAGUGAGGUUGUAAAGGCUGGUGAAAGACUCAAGAUGAGUAAAAAGAAAGCAAAGAUGCCAUCAGCUAGUACUGAAAGCCGGAGAGACUGGGGCAGGGGAAUGGCCUGUGUUGGUCGUACAAGAGAAUGUACUAUUGUCCCUUCUAAUCAUUAUGGACCUAUUCCUGGUAUUCCUGUAGGAUCAACUUGGAGAUUUAGAGUUCAGGUGAGCGAAGCAGGUGUUCAUAGGCCCCAUGUUGGUGGAAUUCAUGGUCGAAGUAAUGAUGGGGCUUAUUCUCUUGUCCUGGCUGGUGGAUUUGCAGAUGAAGUAGACCGAGGUGAUGAAUUCACAUAUACUGGAAGUGGUGGGAAAAAUCUUGCCGGUAAUAAGAGAAUUGGUGCACCGUCGGCUGAUCAAACAUUAACAAACAUGAACAGGGCAUUGGCCCUAAACUGUGAUGCUCCAUUGGAUGAUAAAAUUGGAGCAGAGUCUCGGAAUUGGAGAGCUGGUAAGCCAGUCAGAGUGAUACGCAGUUUUAAAGGGAGGAAGAUCAGCAAAUAUGCUCCUGAAGAAGGCAACAGAUAUGAUGGCAUUUAUAAGGUGGUGAAAUACUGGCCAGAGAUUUCAUCAAGUCAUGGAUUCUUAGUCUGGCGCUAUCUUUUAAGAAGAGAUGAUGUUGAACCUGCUCCUUGGACCUCAGAAGGAAUAGAACGGUCAAGGAGAUUAUGUCUACGUUUACAGUAUCCAGCAGGUUAUCCUUCAGAUAAGGAAGGGAAGAAGAAUAAAGGACAGUCAAAGAAGCAGGCCAGCGGAAGCACAAAAAGGCCAGCUGCAGAUGAUGAGUGUCCAAGUGCCUCCAAAGUGUUCAAAGCGUCAGAUUCAGCAGAAGCAGUUGAGGCUUUCCAACUAACCCCUCAACAGCAACAUCUAAUCAGAGAAGAUUGUCAAAACCAGAAGUUAUGGGAUGAAGUACUUGCAUCUCUUGUGGAAGGACCAAAUUUUCUGAAAAAAUUGGAACAAUCUUUUAUGUGCGUCUGCUGCCAGGAGCUAGUUUACCAACCUGUGACAACAGAGUGCUUCCAUAAUGUCUGUAAAGAUUGCUUGCAGCGCUCCUUUAAGGCUCAAGUUUUCUCCUGCCCUGCCUGCCGGCAUGAUCUUGGCCAGAAUUACAUCAUGAUUCCCAAUGAGAUUCUUCAGACUCUACUUGACCUUUUCUUCCCUGGCUACAGCAAAGGACGAUGAUCUGUCUAAUUCUACUGUGCUGUUCCUGGUGGGGCUUUUUGGACAAUAAAGAAUCUAAAGUGGGUGGGGAGGGUAGAAGCAAUGGUGGACCAUAUCUUUCACAUUUUGAAGCAGCUAAUCCUCUUUCCCACAUAGCCAUCAUCUUGUGUGUGUAGUAAGAGGCCCAUUUCUCAACUGUCUUUUAAAUAUCAAAAGGUAGUUCCUGUCAGUAACAACUAGUUUAAUGAGUAAAAAGUGAAAGCCUCAGCUCUAGUCGAUAAACAAGUUAUGAUUUAUUUUGCAACUACCUCAGGACAGAAAAGACUUAUGGGGAUUUUAAAAAUCAUUGAAUAAUUAGUUAAGUGAAGUUUUAGCUACACACUGCCUCCCAAAUAUUAGUUGUGCCUGGUUAUUGUAAUUUGAUUUUUCAGAAAAGGAAAUGAUACUUGAGAUCCUUGGAACGAACGCAGCUUCUGUAGUGUGUAUAAUACUUUUUUUAACGUCUCUUCUUCCAUUACAGUGUGUGUUUAGCAAGGACAGGUUUAUUUUUAGCCCAUUUUGUGAGCUUCAUUGUGCUUUUUUCUGGUGUUUUAUGCAAGUUGACUACUAAUGAUUAAUGAGAACAAUAUGAAUGCAUUGUUGCUGCAUUAGUGUAAUGUGGUGUGUGGUUUUGCACUUAAAAGAGGUAUUCAGAUGCUGUAGUUGUAAAUGUUCAUGAACAGCCACUUCUGUACUUAGUCAAAUUGCUUUUAGUUAGUCUCACCAGUGGUUUUACAUCUGCAAAGUUUUGAGGGCUGUGCUGACUUUUGAGAGGAUUGAAAUUGCUUCAUAUUGUGAUUCUAAAUUUUAUAUUCACUAUAUUCCCUAA